AUGACACAAUCGAGCUAUUUUAGCAAUCCCAGUUUGGACCACGGUGUCGCUGGAAUGGGCGCUGGAAUCGCUUCCACAAUCGCAAUGCAGCCACUAGAUCUAAUCAAGGUGCGCUUGCAAGUUACGGAUAAAUCUACACACAAAGACUUAUUAAGUACAUUCAUACGAAGCAAUGGCUGGAAGGGCAUGUGGCGAGGCGUUACUACCAAUAUUAUCGGUAAUUCCGUGAGCUGGGGCGGAUAUUUCUGGCUCUACACAGGCGUUAAAAAUCGCCUUCAUUCUAGCCAUCCUGCGCGAAAUUUGGGUCCAUUGGAACAUCUCUACGCGGCAUCUGAAGCAGGUUCCAUCAUUGCUAUCACUACAAAUCCCCUUUGGCUCAUCAAAACGAGAAUUUUCUCAACCAAACAACAUGAUAAAGGUGCUUAUCGCGGGCUAGCGCACGGUCUAAUUGAAAUUGGCAGAAAAGAAGGAAUGCGCGGGUACUGGAAAGGCACUCUACUCGCUUUAUUCGGUGUGCUACAGGGCGCAAUACAGUUCGCAGUUUAUGAGGAGCUAAAGAUUUGGCGUUCGAAAUCUUCUGGGAACCUAUCGAACACUCCAACUUGGCUGUCCAACUGGGAAUACACGCUCAUGUCAGGAGCAUCGAAAUUAUUUGCCCUGGGAACUACCUACCCUUAUCAAGUGGUUCGCACUCGAAUUCAGAACCAAAAUCAUUACAGCUCAAUAGCCCAUUGCGUCGCUUCGACCUACAGGAAUGAAGGCUUACGUGCUUUUUAUCAAGGCGCCGGGGUUAACGCGAUAAGGAUUCUGCCAGGAACAUGCGUUACGUUCGUUGUGUGA